AUGGCAAAUACUAUUUUAGGAGGAGCAUUUAUGCAUCUUCAUUGGGAUAUUGUGCAGGAAAUGUUAGAUAAUAUCACUGUGACUAAUAGAGGAAGGCAUACUAGAGAUUCAGAAUAUGGUGGUGUUGGAGAAAAAAAUUGGUCAGAUGUCAGCCACAAUAAAUCGAGACAGCAUGGCACUUUUUCAAGCAAUACAGCGGUAAAUCCAAGAAAUGAUAGUCACUGCCAGGCCAUUACCACUCGGAGUGGUAAAGUCACUGCAGACCCACCUGUACCUAUUGUUGAUGAGAAGAAGAAUAAUAAUGAGCCAAUUGAUGUAAAGAGCAAUAGCAAGCAGAAUGAAGGAGAAGAGAAGGUUACAGAGCCUGUGCUGAAGCCCAUUCCAAAACCUCUUCCUCCUUAUCCACAAAGGCUGAAAAAAAAAACAAGAAGAUGUGUUGUAGCUACUAGAUCAUUUGUGAAGAAGAAAGAGGAUCUUGGUAGUUUCAUUAUACCUUGCACUAUUGGAUCUUUCAACUUUUCACGUGCUUUGUAUGACUUGGGUGCUAGCAUAAACCUCACGCCAUUUGUUAUAUUCAAGCAAUUGGGGUUGGAAGCUCCAAAACCUACCACCAAGAGACUAGUAAUGGUGGCUUCUUUCAUAUUUCCGGCAAAUUUUGUCGUUUUAGAUUAUGAAUUGGACUUCCAAGUCCCAAUUAUUCAUGGAAGACCAUUUUUGGCUACAAGAAUGACAUUGAUUUAUCUAGAGUUAAGGCAUCUAAUGCUGAGAUUGAAUGAUGAACAAGUGAUAAUCAAUGUAUGCAAGUCCAUAAGGCAGGUUAAUGAAUUGAGAGUGAUAUUUGUUAUUAAUGUGCAUGAUGAGAAGGCAGAUUCAUUCCAUGAUAUUGAUGUAGAGACUCUGUGGGAUGAUGGUUCUGAUGCGGUUAUUCCUAUUACAGAGAAUCUAGGUAUUGAAGCUGUUGCAGUUGUGAUCAUAAACUUUUAUGUUGAUGGUAUAUAG